AUUACAGUAUCAGCUCUGUGUAUAUCACUGUCAGCGUGGACUGACCGUCCAACUAUAAUAAGAGAGAUUUCACAAACCAAUAGAUCAAGAAAUCUGUUACUGGCACCUUCGUGCUGGGUUCCAGCCACGGUGCCUCUCAGUAUUUAUUUACUUUAUUACUAUUUGGUCUUUCUUUCUAUAUUGUGGGCAGUAUUGACAUACGUAGGGUGUGAUGCAUUCAUAUUCAAUACUGCUCUACAUAUUUGUGGACAGUUUGAAAUACUCGAGGCCGAUAUUAAAAAAUUUAACGAUGGAGAUGAUUAUUCAAUGCAAAGAUGUAAAAUUAAAGAACACUCCAAGAGACAUAAUCAAUUAAUUGAGCGGGGGCAACACAUGGAUGCCUUAAUCAAUAUUAUUAUCCUGGCGCAACUUCUGAGCAAUAGUAUUGUCACUUGUGUCACAGGGGUUUUACUGCUUGUUAGUAUCGAAAGAGGUACUGUGGACCGUAUGGUAAUGAGCUACGCAGCAAGAUUUUCUGUCCGGUACAUGGAACUAUUCAUGUAUUGCUAUGUUGGUGAAAAAUUAUCGAGCCACGCUGACAAAUUGCGGAGGGCUCUCUAUGAUUGUUCAUGGUACAAUAUGUCAAAACAUACUGUUAAAGAUAUGAUAUUUAUGAUAAUGCGUAAUAAUUUCUCCUGUCGCUUGACAGGAGGUCACUUCUUCGUCAUGAAUCAUCAAAGUUUUGCAAAAAUUACCAGAAUUAUGUUUUCCUUUUUUUCCGUUCUCAGAUUCAUGCUGGAAUUAAACUGAUGAGAAUAUUUCUUUAAUGUAAUUCUUCUCGGUUAUUUUGAAAUUUCUUCAGUUUUUGAAACUGAAUAAAACGA